AUGGCGCUGCAGUUCAUUGACCAGAGCUCCAGCGGGAUAGGCAGCUCUGACAGGCGCAUCAUCCGCUCCCACGUCAUGCGAGGCAAGAAUACAGGCAAGCAGCGCCGAUCCACUAAGAAGCAAAAGACUGUGCUCUGGGGCGACCUGCGUCUCACUUCGUUCCCUCAAGAGCUCGACUCCGAGUCCGCGGCGCUCAUGUACCAGUGGUUCUUUGACAUUAGUGAUACGCUGUUUCCGCCGAAUGCAGAUUUUCAUAGCACUUUGGCUACAUCCGCGUCUUACGUUGACUUCUUCCGGCGGAAACCAGCAGUAUCGUCCAAAACUCUUCACCACAUCUCCCAGGCGUAUGCUUUGGUCAAUAUUAAACUGUCGGGUCCCUUCUCCGUUUCCGACAGCGCUAUAGCUGCUGUGGUCAGCCCCGCCAUCUACCAGCAAGUACAUCACCAGCCUGCAACGGGACUGAAACAUCUCCACGGGCUCUAUCGCAUGAUUCAGCUGCGGGGUGGAAUUGCCAGGCUGAUGCAAGAGAAUCGUGGGCUGGCACUGAAGCCGUUGAGAUCUCUUCAGCUUCUCAAGGCUGCUAAACGAGGUAGAGAGGAGGCAAAGACUGAAGCUUAG